UGUAAUAGCUGCGUCAUCAGUAUGCGCCGCAACCGGCAGGCAAAACAUUUCUUAGCCGUAUAUUUUGUCAUUUAGUUGUAUCUAAAAAUCGUCAAAGUUGAGAUUUGGUUUACUCGGCAUUCGGGCAUUUGGUAUGUAGCUGUGGCUGACGGUGACAACAAAUAGAAGCAAGCUCCAAAGUAGAAGCGAGCAGUUUCUUCAUCGUUCACUUGGUGGAAUUAUGACAACUCUAACACGGCAAGAUCUCAAUUUUGGACAAGUGGUUGCUGACAUUUUGUGUGAGUUCUUGGAAGUUGCCAUUCACCUCAUCCUGUACGUCCGUGAAGUUUACCCAUCAGGAAUAUUUCAGAAGCGAAAGAAAUACAAUGUCCCUGUGCAGAUGUCAUGUCAUCCUGAGCUGAACCAGUACAUCCAAGAUACACUUCACUGUAUCAAACCGCUUAUUGAGAAGAAUGAUGCUGAGAAGGUGGUUGUCGUCAUUAUGGACAAGGAGCAUCAUCCAGUUGAGAGAUUUGUCUUUGAGAUAUCCCAACCACCGCUUCUCUCUAUCAGCUCAGACACAUUACUGUCUCAUGUGGAGCAGCUGCUGAGGGCGUUCAUUCUUAAGAUCAGUGUGUGUGAUGCUGUUUUAAAUAAUAAUCCACCAGAUUGUUCAUUUACAGUAUUAGUUCAUACGAGGAAUUCGGCCACACGCAACAUGGAGAAGGUUCAAGUCAUCAAGGAUUUCCCAUGGAUAGUUGCUGAUGAGCAGGAGGUCCACAUGCAGGAGCCCAGACUCAUCCCACUGAAGACCUUGACGUCUGAUAUAGUGAAGAUGCAGCUGUAUGUGGAGGAGCGAGCCCAGAAGAUGUAGCAGAAAUGAAGGAAGGACACGUGCAAAAAAAAAGAAAUCAUUUAACGGUAAACUUUAUUCAGCCGAGGCUUUCAUUUGACAUCAAAUGAAAAUCUCACAGCACACUACCAAACAAAAAUGUCAUAAAUUGUAAAAUAUUGAUGUUGUAUGAAUGGCAACAAGUUUACAAUUUGUGAUCCAUGAUUUAUGAUUUUAAACAGAUUAAAUGAAAGUAGAUCAUAUCCCAUUGGUGUAAGUCAGUUGUGAGUUUGUAAAUUGACCAUGUUACAUUUGCAGUGCCAUUGUUUUUAUUAUUAUUGUCACAUGCUUGUUUUUUUAUAUUGCAAACUUUCGAUUCUUCUAUGUGAUUGGGACAGUUGUACAGAUGAACCCCCAGAGUUUAGACACUUGGAAUACCAAGAGCUUUCCUUAUUCAUGUCACAUUGAUUGUGCUUUGCCAUUGUCAUUGUUUUGUGGAAAAUACAGAUAUACAUCUCUCCAA